CAAAGCCAGCGCGACGUCCGGCUCCCGUGGUGGCUCCACCUCAUCAUUGUCUGUGCCUGCCACCCUCGGCAAUGGUCAAACAGACUCACGAUGCUCGUGCCCCCAGGUACGAGCAUCGCAGAUGGGCCGGAAGAAUGAAACACAAGCAAUGCCGACAUUGUGACCAACACAAAGGGGGGCAUGUGGCAAGGCACUCCAAAUACGCUACGGAAGCACCAGGCCUCGACACAGCGUUUCCUGGAAUCGGAUUACAUCAUUCCGACCUCCCUUGGUACAAGACCCACCACUAGUAAGCCACGCUUUUCAUGGCUCGUCCGAAAGCCAAUGCUCGCGCCAUUUCGAAAGCAGCAACCUUGGACAAUAAUGGUUCUCCGUAUCGGAUGGUCCUGCUUCAGAGACAAACUCAACACGAAAGAACAAUGGGGGGUCCAUGGAAGCAAUCGUACGAUGUGCUCUUGCCCUUCUACGAUACAGCAAGAUUCUCAUCUCACGAGGCGCCGGCCUGCUAGCGCGCCGACGUCGACUCCUGACGUGCUGAUGGGGGCUGGGGCCGACAUCCGCCGCAAGGAAAGCCAAGCACUGAUGUACGCCUCGCUGUGCACAAACUGCGACUAUACUGUAGAUACGACUUUGUCUCAACGGGACGGUUGGCACGAUCCACGACCCUACGCCACGGCUCAACUGUGGGCCACUCGCCUUCUCCAAACGAAGGCCGAGCGUGAUCCACGGAAUGCGUGCAAUUUCACCAUGUGUACGACGUAUAUGCUGCACAUCCCUCCCAGCUCAUGCCAUGCGCCUUGCAAGACGAUCAGAAACCGACAGCAAAUCUGCAUGUUAAUUGCGGUGUUACAUCCUGCGACGCGUGGGAGUGACCCACGUCCGCUCUCAACCUCUGCCACAACAUAUAACGCUAGGGUUUGUCUCUGCGCGGCAGGACGCAAGUGCGCAUCGCUCCGGCGCUGGUGUUGAGCUUCACCACAUGACUGCUACACAGUGGAUUUGGUGGUCAUAUUUACCGAACCCGUGCGAUGCCGAUGCGUGGUGGUUCACCUCCACGAGGACAAGUUGUACAAGCUUCCUAGUGGCAGAUUACUCGCGCUUUGUUCAUCCCAAGAGCUACGGGGCACCUAGCACCAAGAGGAAUCACGAACCAUUUGCGGGCUCGGUAAGCAAAUACCAACUAU